AUGAGCGAAACAACAACAUCUAACAUUACAGAAGAAGUCAAUGACAAUGCCGAUGAAAACAUUACAGAAGGAGCUAGUGAAAAUAUUGACGAGUUCAGUGAGGAAGAAGAUAUUGAAGACGUCAAUGAGAACGUUAGUGGGGAACAAACUCAAUGGGAAACAUUGAGAAAUCAUGAAGAUUAUGAGAUUUGUACGACAUAUCCUUUUACUAUUCGUCGAAAGAAAGACAAACAUAUUAUGAGUGAAUGCUUAAAUAAUUAUG